AUGGAUGAUGAAGUGGUAGAAAUCCCGCCAACGGCUUCUUGGCGCUCCGCCCGGUUGCCUCAGAACAAGCAGAAGGAAUCACUUCCGCCUGAAAUCAUAGAUGUUGACAUGGAUGAAUUCGUCACCACCACCCAGUUUUCGCCGGGUACCGGAAUUUCUAAUUUAGGAACCGGCAACUUUACUGGGAAACCCUUUGGCAGUGCCGGUUCUGGAUUUGAGAAUCCUGGAUUUUUUAGUUCGUUUGAUCUCACCGCUCCUGAUAAUUCGACUGGAUCAUUCAAUGGUAUGGAAAAUCAUGGGGUUCCGAAUUGCAACCUAAAUAAUGGAGAAAAUGAUCUCAUGGAUAUGUUUUAUCCCACUGCUUCUGAGUAUUCAACUGGGUCGUUCAAUGGGGUUCCUGAUGAUGAUUCUUUUAACAAUUUUGGCCAUAAUGUUGGAUAUAAGAAUCUAGGAUUUUUCGGUUCACCUCACAAUUUCGCGGAUUCGUUUCAUGAUCCCUUCCCCGCGGCCACAUUCCCUGGUGAGGAAAAGUAUGGGUUUUCUGAUGUUUCCUUUAAUGUUGGAUUUCAGAAUCCAGUUCCAGGGUCUUCUAGUUCAUCUCAUAAUUUUAUGGAUACCUUUCAUCCCUCUUCCACAGCCACAUUCCCUGGUGGUAAUCAAAAGCAUGGGUUUCCUGAUGGAUCUUUUAACAACAAACUCGGCCAGAAUGUUGGAUACAAGAAUCCAGGGCUUCCAAUUUCACCACAGGAUAUGUUCAAUCCCAAUUUCUCGGCGGCCACAUUCGGCCAGAAUGCAUUUUCAGGACUUGUCGGUCCAUCCCUUCCUCCCUUGCCGACCACCACUACUACUGAUUCGAUUUGGUCAUUUUCUAAUGGUAAGUAUAAGUACGGGACUCCUGAUAAAUUCCUGAACAAGUUUGAGGCUUCUAAGAGAUUUGAUGUAGUUGAAGAUUUUUCGGAUCAUUUUUACUCAAAGAAUGCUCCACCAUCGAUGAAGCAACCUCCGAGGGGAUGGGCGAAGAAAAUACAGAAUGAAUGGAGAAUUCUGGAGAAUGAUUUGCCUGAUACAAUUUUUGUCAGAGUAUACGAAUCCAGUAUGGACCUUCUGAGGGCAGUGGUAAUUGGAGCUGAAGGAACUCCGUACCACGAUGGCCUGUUCUUCUUUGACAUCUUCUUCCCGAGCAAUUAUCCUUUCGUGCCGCCACUAGUUCACUACCACUCCCGUGGCUAUCGGAUCAACCCGAAUCUGUACGAAACUGGAAAAGUUUGCCUCAGCCUUCUCAAUACUUGGUGGGGUAGCAACAAGGAACGGUGGAUUCCCAACCAAUCAACCAUCUUACAAGUUUUGGUGUCCAUUCAAGGGCUCAUCUUAAAUUCGAAACCAUAUUUCAACGAGCCUGCCAGGCCGGCGUCUGGUUUCAGGUUUGAAGAUCCAUGGAAGCUAUACAAUGAGAACACAUUCAUCUUAUCUCUCAAAACAAUGGUGUGCAUCAUCAGAAAUCCACCCAAGAAUUUCCAGGACUUGGUGGCAGGGCAUUUUUUCAGGCGGGCUCGGGACAUUUUGGUGGCAUGUAAGUCCUACAUGGAUGGAGCCCAGGUGGGUUGUCUUGUGAAGGGAGGAAUUCCAGAUGUUAAACAUCGUCAGGGUAACACAAUUAGCUGCUCAGAGUCCUUCAAAAUGCAGUUGGCAGGGUACAUGUCCACACUUGUGGAAGCAUUCAAAGCCGUCAGCGUUUAUAAUUGUGAUGAGUUUCUUUCUUUAGCCCACAACCUUCUUUCUUUUAGAAGGUAA